GAGAAUUCAACCUACAUUUUAUACAAGCAUUCGUAAACCUUUUCCAGCAAAAUAACCCUUGCCAAAGCUUAGCAAAGAGUUUCAAGAAUUAGAAAAUGAGUUCAACAAACAGGGCAUGGGUUACAGCAGCGAGCUUGGGAGUAGUAGAGGCACUGAAAGAUCAAGGAAUUUGUAGGUGGAAUUACACCUUGAGAACAAUACAUCAACACGCAAAGAACAAUGUAAGGUCAUAUUCACAGGCCCAGAAGCUCUCUUCUCACUCUUCUUCUUUGGUUUCUGCAAACAAACACCAAUUGAAGCAGUCUGAGGAGUCUCUUAGGAAAGUCAUGUAUUUGAGCUGUUGGGGUCCUAAUUGAACCCAAUAGUAGUUAAAUUUUGUGUCAUCUUUCUGUACAUAGUCUUUGGCAAUAUUGAGAGGCCAAAUGAUGAAUGGUUAAACCAGUAAUCUGUAAAGGUUGAGGCUAAAUUGCCCGGCUAAAAUUAAUGGAUAGAUGUUUUUUUGACUUUUGCAAUCCA